UAACAGUAUGGGAAACACAUGUGAACAUUGUAAUAAUAAAUAUUAAUAAUAAUAAAGGUUGGAAAGGAUUAUCAGAUUGUGGAUAAUAUUGUUGUGAAGGUUGUGAAUAAUGUUAUGUUUGUAUGAAACCAUGUUGUGUAUCUAUGAGAGAUGAAUGUAAAAGUUGUUGUGCUAUUUGUUCAUGUUAAGGAUUAGGUUAAUGUUUAUAAUGUAAUACAAAUCCAUGUUUAAUACUUGAUAAAUCAACUCCUGAUAUUUAAUAAACAUUAUAAAAUUAUGAACAUAAGACACAUUAUAUGGAUUAAUGGUAUGGAGAUGUCAUUCUUUUAGAGAAUAAACAAACUAAAAUACUUGCAAUAUUAAAAGUUUAAGAGUUUUUAUAUCAAUCUGAUUUUGAAGAGUAGAAUUAACAAUUUAUCUAACGUAAAUAAUUAUAAAAUGAUAACAUUGUAUAAUUAAAAGAAUAUAUGUCAAGAUAAGAAGAAGGUUUUUGUACAUCUAUUUAUAAAUCAUUUUUGAUAUUUGAUUAUAUUCUAACAGAUUUGGCUUCAGAAUUCUAAUAUAGAUUAGAAAAUAAGAUUCCUUAUUAAUAAGAAGAAUAUUAUCCAAUUCUUUAUUAAUGUAUCAAUGGAUUGAAUUAUCUACAUUAGAAUGGGAUUUUUCAUUAAGCUUUAAGAAUGAAAAAUAUAUUUAUUACUUAAGAUAAAUAUAAAAUAGCAGAUCCUCAUAUAUUUGAUCAUAGAAAUGAUUAUGAUAAAUUAUAUAGCGAAAAAUAGAAAUAUUCAAAAGUAGUGUAUCUAUCUCCUGAAUUAGUAAGUGAAUUAGAUAGAGGGAAUAAAGAACCAAAUGUUGAUUGGUUUAAAUCAGAUAUAUAUUCUUUAGGAAUGGUAUUUCUAUAAUUAUGUAGUGGAAAACUAUCAUCUCUUUGUUAUGAUUAUGAUUAGGGUGUUAUAUUUGAAGAUAAGAUAUCAUCACAUUUAUAAACAAUAAAAAUUUCAUGUCAUGAUUUCUUUUUUUAUAUUAUAAAAGAUAUGUUAACAGUAAAGGUAUCAUAAAGACCAACUGCUUAAUAAUUAUUUGAAAGAUUGGAUAAGAAUCCAAAAUGUAAAUAAUCAAUAAGUGUAGCUUAAAUAAUUUUAGAUUAACCUCAAGAAUAAUAAAUAGAAUAAUAAUAAUAAUAAUAUUUAUAAUAAGAUGUAUCAUAAUUAAUAGGAGGUGGUGGAUAAGAAGGAUUAGGUGAACCAAAUACAUUUGAUUAAUAUGAUGUAUUAGGUCUAAUAGGAAAUGAACCUACAAAAUAAAAAGACUUAGGUAUAUUAAUUUAAUUAUAAAUAAUAGUUGAAAAUGUAAAAGAGAGAUAUCCUAAUGGUUCAAGAUAUUAAGGAAUGAAAAGAAAUGGUUUAAGACAUGGAAAAGGUAAAUUCAUUCAUACAGAUGGAAGUUAUUAUGAUGGAAUGUGGAAAGAUAAUAAAAUGAGUGGAAAAGGAGUAUUAUAUAAUACUUAAGGUAAAGUUAUCUAUGAUGGUAAUUGGACAGAUGAUUAAUAUCAUGGUUAAGGUAUUGAAUAUAAUUAAGAAUAAAUACCAAUGAUUUCUGGAUUAGAUCAUAAUAAUCUAUCUAAUAUUACUUGUUGGCUUAAAUAUGAAGGAGCAUUUAAAAGAGAUAAUAGAGAAGGUUUUGGAACACUUUCAUUAAGUAAUGGUGAUAAAUAUAUUGGUGCUUUUAAGGAUGGAUAAAUUCAUGGAUUUGGUACUUAUUCAUAUAAAAAUGGAUAAUCUAUCUAAGGAAAAUGGAACAUGGGUAAAUUAUAAAAAUGA